AUGCUUUUUAGGAGCGCCAGGGGAGUUGUGGGGUGCGUAUAUAAGUCGCAGACGGCACCGGGGCGUGACAUCAGUCACUUCCAAGCUCUCUUGAAGGCACUAUUGUCAAUAGCAGCCAUAGUUGCAACUGUGUUUGUGUCGUAUCAUUUGUGCUCAAACUUGUUAACGAUGUCAUCAACAAAAUGGAUGGUGUGCACCGUGGUAGCGAUGUGUGUGAUCGUAAGGCAAGGAAUGUCCGCGCCUGCGCCGCAAGAAGACGCGGGUCCACCGACACCGUACGAAUAUAAAUACGACGUCGAAGAUCCAGAGAAGACUUUGUACUUCGGAGCCAAUGAAUCGGGAGACGCACAGGGGAAAGUCGUCGGAGGUUACCGGGUACUACUCCCUGACGGUAGACUUAUGAACGUAGAGUACACCGUGGAAGGUGAGAGCGGAUUUGUGCCUAAGAUCAGCUUCGAAAACAACGCGAAUCCAUUCGGCAAAAGUAAAUAA